CCAGAUCAGCGCAAAAAUUAGGUAAUUGAGACUCCUUAAACAACGUAUACGUUCUCGGGUAAGUAUUAUAGUUAAUCCACAAGCACCAUUGUCAAUUGUGGAUUGAAACUAAUGAUUAUUAUAAAAAAUAUUUGUUCAAUUGCAAGAAAUUUAUUAAUCGCAAUAAAGAUAUUUGGGGAACAAUAUUUGCGUAAUUUAUAUUGCGCGCUUUUAUGAAUGACAGGAAAUAGUAACAUUUAUAAUUAUAUUUCAGGCAUUUACCUUAAUUUUAAUACUUUUUCCAAACAAAUAACUAUUUUAAGUAUCAUAUUAAACAUGUAAAAUAUAAUAAUUUUUAAUAAAAACAUAUCGUCGAAAAUUUAAAUAAGAAAAAAGAUGGAAACAACCAAAAAUCGCAUUGCGGCAAAGUGCAAUAUUCAAAAUGGACGGAUGCCAUAGGGUACGUUACUACGUUAACCAAGAAUCGUAGUGAGUAAAUCCUGAACUUAGGUCAUUCAUGUUAUUAAAAGUAACGAGUGUGUGAUACAAAUUUUGGAGACUGUCAAAUGAUAGUGUUUUGAUAUAAUUCAUUAUUAACUUUCAUGAAACUGCUUUUAAACAAUAUUCAUAAAACGUAAAUGUUGAAUUGUUUAAUGUAGCACAUCUGCAUUGUUUGUGCCCGGAGGUAAGAAUCUUAAAGUCUUCAUUACAGUUAUUAACGUUUUCACUUCGAGUUGUGGUAUGUCGCCAAGUUUUUUAUAUUUUUAAUGUUUCAUUUUGCGACGGGAUUACGAAUGGGCAGUUGCAUUCUAUGCUAUUUUAUCAUGUUUUUGAGUAGUAUGCUCGUGGAUUAGAGGGUAGCGGUGAAGUCAAGGCCGACAUACAGGCACUGGAUGUUUUAUUUUUUAUUUUUUUCUCCAAAAUAUGUUGCCCAUCAUCAAGAAAACAAAGCUAUGGCUGAAUACCAGGGAAAGAGAGAAAAUGAUAUGAAAACCAACUUGAUCAUUAACUACCUGCCACAGAAUAUGACUGAGAAGGAGUUGUACAGUAUGUUUGUUACUAUUGGACCUGUAGAGAGUUGUCGUGUGAUGAAGGACUUCAAGACUGGGUACAGCUAUGGGUUUGGAUUUGUUAACUAUGCAAAAGCUGAAGAUGCUUCCCGAGCUAUCGGAACUCUCAAUGGUCUUCAAGUGCAGAAUAAAAGAUUAAAAGUUUCUUUUGCUCGUCCGUCAGGAGAAGAUAUUAAAGAAACAAAUUUGUAUGUUACAAACUUACCGAGGAACAUUACUGAACAAUAUUUGGAACAAUUAUUUGGGAAAUAUGGCACUAUAGUUCAGAAGAAUUUGUUAAAGGAUAAAGUAACUGGCAUGCCAAGAGGAGUGGCCUUUGUCAGGUAUGAUCGCCGUGAAGAAGCGCAACAGGCCAUCAAUGCACUUAAUGGUGCAAUUCCAGAGAAUGGAACAGAACCACUAUCAGUCAAAAUUGCAGAAGAGCAUGGGAAGCAAAAGGCAGCUUAUUAUGCAGGCUGGCAGGCUGGUUAUAAUCAAAGUAGAGGUGCAAGCUGGUUACCUCCUAGACCCACAAUUGAAGAGGGUGCUUAUUUCCUAAUCAAAGCAGGACCUGGUGUAAAGUUCUGA